AUGAUAGAACUCCAAAAAGAGAACAUUUGCGAAAAUCUGAAGAUUAUGAAAGCAUUGAAUAACUUGCAUCUCGGAGAAACUGGGAGUUCCAUGUCAACUUAUUUGAACAACAAAUUUUUUGCAUUAUGUGAAUCACAAGACCCAGAUCUUCCCAAGUUUUUGCUGAAAGUGCAACAGAUCGCAAUGAAAACAAAUACAACAAGAUGUCGCUCAUCCAAAUGUUUCAUGCGUUUUGCUAAAGAUGACAGUUGUACUCGUUCGCUGGAGAUUUUCCAAGAUCGAGUGGACAAUUUUUUCCACGAAGACUUUUAUGAAAUUCAGUAUUUUCUAAAUUACUAUAUUCAGUCUUUUCUAUAUGGAAUUAGAAUCGUGAACGUUAUUCUUGAUGGAAAUAUGACAAAAGAUAUAGAAAACGUGAAUACCAUAUUGUCUGAUUUGGUUGAUGUUGUUGUUGGCUGGAUAGAGGAAACACCGUGGGCACAUAAUUAUGGUGUUGUCGAAUCUAUCAAAGAAGUUGCUGAAGAGAUUCACGUUGAAGGAAAUCACGGACUUCAACUGAGAGCAAUUGCAAACAACCUAAUGAAACUGGAACAAACCUUUUUGAAAUGUUCUAGCGAAUUCAAUGGAGAUGCGACGUUACUUUGUCUUCUAUCCACUGCUGAGUUCACAAACUCCAAUUUUGAGUACUAUAGACCAUUCAAUACAAGAUACAAUGCAAGGAAUGGACAUCCUGCAUUAAACUUUGGUCUCCCUUUUUUCGCUAUUGCUUCAGGAUCAGAAGAAAUUGCUGUGAGGCUUGGUUUAGUUGGUUCUAUUGUUGGUCAUGAACUGAGUCACUCUUUAAUUGAAUUAUCACAAGACCAUUAUUUAUUGCCCACAUCUUCUGAUGAAGCCAUCGAAUGUAUUCAAAAUCAGUACAACAGAACGUGUUUAGAAUUCAAAGAAGAAUCAUGCGAGGUGGUCGAUUAUCAAACCGAUGAAAAUGGCUCCGACAUUCUUGGCUAUCAGUUAGCUCAUGAAUUAUUCCGAUCAAUACCUCAAAAUGAACAAUCGGAACGUUACAUAUCAGCAACUAUUUUUUAUGCGGCUUCAUUAAUACAUUGCGAUAAUGCUCCGUCACAUAGAACACGUGGACGUCAUUCUGCAAAUAAUGUACGUGCAAACGUGAUUGUACAAUUUCCAGCAUUCCAAGAAGCAUUCCAAUGCUCGUCGAAUAGCAGAAUGAUGAAAACUUUGGAGAAAAAGUGCAAUGUUUACGGAGACGAAGCUCCACAACACAAAAGGAAACUUUAA